AUGGAUGGUAAGUAUGAACACGACAAGAGGUACGAGCACGUGGACAAGCAGCUGAAGACCAUUCACAAUGUUCUCAAGCGUCUUCGUCAAGCACUCAACCGACCCGCGUUUGGCGAUGGUGAACCUGAUUCCUCCGCUAUCGCCGGUGAUCAAAAUCGCUCCACCCGUCUUGAUACUCCCUCGCUGACCAUUGGUCAAGGCACCAUGGACGUCGACAAACCCGGACCAUCCCGCAAUCGCUGUUUGGCGGAUCCUGAGGGUGAGAAGAAGACCAAGCAGCAAAAGAAGCAGGCCUCAAAGCCAAACAACAUCAGUGAUCACACCGGUCUGGUCCAAUUUAUUGUUUUGGCUGAAAUAUCGCCGCCCCAUCACAUAUUUUUGAAGAGUUUUCGACAAAUAAACUUUCAUAAAACAAUAUCUUGCUUUUCUCUUUGUUAUUGAAGUCAGUCAUUUCUCUGCUGUUUUAACAUUUUGCUACUAAUAAUAUUUUUAGUAUUGGAAAUAAAGUUUGAGACAUAGAAAAUGAUAUCUUAAAAAUUGAUAAUUAUAAUUUUACUUUAACUUAAACAAUGCUGUAAGUUAUGAUAAAAUGUUGAAAACUGAUAAAUUUUGUGUUGCGGGAUGUGGGUGGGGUGGGCUGCUCGUACUUUUAUACUACUCAUCAUGUAUAACAUGGCAUGGAAAUAUUUACAUUACUGUAACUCGACGAAUAGUAGAGCUACAAUAGCAGUCGAUACAGAUUCUGAAAGCUUUUAAAAAAUGACAUCUUACGCUAGUUUUUCGACGCUAUCUUAUACAGAGUUUUUUUGUGGUACUCGAUCGUAUAUUCAUCAUGUAUAAUAUAGCAUAGAAAUACUUACAAUACUGUAACUCAACAAAUAAUGGAGUUACAACAACAGCCGACACAGAUUCUGAAAGCCCAUAAAAAACGACAUCUUGCUAUGGUUUUACAAUAAUAUCUUAUAAAGAGAUUUUUUUGUGGUACUCGAUCGUAUAUUCAUCAUGUAUAAUAUAGCAUGGAAAUAUUGACAUUACUGUAACUCGACGAAUAAUGGAGUUACAACAACAGCCGACACAGAUUCUGAAAGUCCAUAAAAAAUGACAUCUUAUGCUGGUUUUUCGACGCUAUCUUAUAAAGAGAUUUUUUGUGGUACUCGAUCGUAUAUUCAUCAUGUAUAAUAUAGCAUGGAAAUACUUACAAUACUGUAACUCGACGAAUAAUGGAGUUACAACAACAGCCGACACAGAUUUUGAAAGCCCAUAAAAAACGACAUCUUGCUAUGGUUUUACAAUAAUAUCUUAUAAAGAGAUUUUUUUGUGGUACUCGAUCGUAUAUUCAUCAUGUAUAAUAUAGCAUGGAAAUACUUACAAUACUGUAACUCGACGACUACCAUAGUUACAUCAACAGCCGACACAGAUUCUGAAAGCCCAUAAAAAAUGACAUUUUAUGCUGGUUUUUCGACGCUAUCUUAUAAAGAGAUUUUUUGUGGUACUCGAUCGUAUAUUCAUCAUGUAUAAUAGAGCAUGGAAAUAUUUACAAUACUGUAACUCGACGAAUACCAUAGUUACAACUACAGCCGACACAGAUUCUGAAAGUUUGUUCGUUUGAAUCAUUUGUGUUGUUGAAUUAUAAAGUUUAUAAGUUAUUGGUUGGUUUUGAUUUGUUAACAGUUAUUUGUGAUUAACUUAUUAGUUUCUGUGUUAUUUGAUAAGAAGAACGGCUUUGGAUAGUCUUUGAAUAAGCAACAGCUUUUAUUCGACGUUUAGUCUUGUAUUUUGGUGAAUUGAGUUUCCUCUUUCCUUGAGAACGUAAUUCCCGAUUAGCCCCGGGUGGUUAACCUUUUUUCCAACAGCUUCUGGGAGCUAUAACCCUGAACACAAGUUUAAGGCUUAAAUAACAAAAAACUUUUUUUUGGUUAUCAAGGCUUCCUAAACCUGCUGAAUAUGUCAUUUGUGAUGGGCUUUAAGAACCUGUAUCGACUGUUACUGUAGCUCCAAUACUUUGCGAGUUACAGUGCUACAAAAUCAUAUAUUACUAUAUUAUAUAGAGUGAAUAUACGGUUGUUUACCACAAAAAGCCUCAAUAUAAGUUAGGCUUCCCAAACCUCCUGAAUAUGUCAUUUUCGAUGGACUUUUACCACUAAAAAUUCGCUGCACCGUGCAAAAUUGUUAAAGGUUGCGUGUCUCUCGGAAAUAAUGAAGCAAUCGUGCCGGCCCGCAUGGCCGAGUGGUUAGUGGGUCGGACUCGUGCGCGAAACGGGCCGAGUUCGUGGAACGAGCUGCAGACUCCGACUAAUCAUGAUUCUUUCAGAAUCCCGUAAUGGCGAAAAAGAAGCCCUCUCAGCAAGUCAGAAAAGAGAGGAAGGCCCUGAAGUUGAAGUUGAGUUCUUCAACCUCUACAUCCAACUCCAGCCACGCCAUUGACGCCGACAUAAAAAUCCUCAUAGGACUUUGGAGCAUCAAAUCGUCUGAGAAGAUGGAAGAGCAGCUGUUCCAGAUGGCUAGCAAGUACUGUAACAAGCUCAAGCCAGGCGACCAGAGUCUACACGCCGAUGUGGAAUCACUGAAGAAGACUCUCCAGGACCAUGAAAAUAAGAUUUCGCUUAUGGGAAAGAGAAUGUUCUCCGACGAGGCGAAUUCACAAGUAAUUCGUAAGCCCACAAAAUGUUGUUACGUAAAUGAAAAAUAAAUAAAAUUCUUUUUUACCAGACUGCUUCUACUCUACCCGACUUUACAAUCCAAAAAGGUACAAAUGAAGUGGCCGAUACUGUUAUUUGUUGUUCACUCCGCUGUGAUCACGUCACUUUUAACAAGGAAUUAGACGGGAAAAGUAAGUUUAAAAAAUAGUUUAACAAAAAAGUAUAAAACUUUUAUAGAAAUUGUUAGCGUUAGACGCGUGUCUUACAGAUAAGAACUAAUUAUAUUUUUUUAGUUAUGUGGUUGAAUUCUACUUGUUGGGUAAAGAUUCCAUUCGAUACUACAGCAAAGUUUCUGUUCAGAAGCAAGUAUUUGAAUUUUAUUUUUUGAAAAUUUUCAAAGAAGCCUACUUUGCCUAUAAUAAUUCUGGAUAACAGUGGAUAUAAAACCAUCUCAGAUAUUGGCAUUUAGAAAUACCGCCAUUCUUCAACAAAUAUUUAUUAAUAACAAAUCUAUUGAGUUUACUAUUAUACAAAACUACCAAACCCAAUAGUAAAACAUUGACUUACUAUAACAUUAGCAUUAAAUUUCUGUGGCAUUAGCAUUAACAACUUCCCUUGUUAGUACACAAUAGUAAGUUUGGGCAAAACCAAAGCAAUAAAAUUUUUGGUGUCGACAGGGAGUCAGCCCCUGAUCGAGUCUUACAAAAAACGUGUUUUAAUUUGAUCGGAUUAGAAGAGACGUAUUUUAUAUAAAGUAAUGUGUGCCAUUUAAAACUAAGUACUCUCAUGUGAAAAAAAGAACGGUUUUAAAUUGGCUUGAAAUAGUCUAAAACAGGUUUUAAUAAUAAAACAAACAACUAAAUAAUACCAUUUAAUUUCAAUUUUGUAAUUUUUAGACACAAACUUUGAACAGCUACGUUGCCGCAUGAAAUACAUUGUGGAAAAAUAUUAUUAUGUUGUUACAAACGAAAAAAGUUUGGCUCGUGUAUCUGAACUGGAUGAUACAUUUGUACCAGUAGAAGUUGAUGAAGUUAGUACACAGAUGAUUCCUGAAGUUGUGCAAAAAGACGCAGUCAGCAUUGAUACAAAGCAAAGUAGCAAUAAAUUGGAAAAAGAAGGUACAACUCAAGAGCAAAAAAAAUUAAAAUCAAUGGCUGAUGAACUGAAGGAAAGUGUGGAAACAGUCAAAAUAAAGAUACCAACUCGUAAGUUUUAUUAUAUUUAAUUAUAACGUAUUUUCAAAUCCAAUAAUACUAUAAAAUGCUUUUGAUACAAAAGCAUUAUAUAGGAUUAUUAUUUGUCGCCGGCACGAACACGUCCCCUCAUUUUAAUUAAAAAAAAUGUAUUGCCCCCCCCCCCCCCCCCCCCCGAAUGGGUGUAGUAAUUCCUUACCCUGCCCAAAACACCCCCUAAUGGGCGUGGUAAUUGUUCCCCGCGCCGAAACACCCCCUAAUAGGCGUGGUAAUUUCUUACCCUGCCCAAAACACUCCCAAAUGGGCGUGGUAAUUUCUCAUUCUGCUCAAAACACUCCCCAAUGGGCGUGGUAAUUCUUUAAACUGCCCAAAACACCUUUUGAAUGGGCGUGGUAAUUUUUUGCCCUGCCCAAAGCACCCCCUAACUCAAUUGUUGUAAAAUCGUUUCUAUUAAUUUUUUGAAAUUAUUUUUUUAACACUGGAAAAGCAAAAGAAAAAAGAUGAAAAAAAGAAAGUCCAGGAGAAAAAAAAGGCUCAAAAACGAAAAAGAGCGGAAUCGUUGAAUGAAGACGAACUUGAAACACACGAACUUCCUAUAGAUUACAAAUUGCCAGAGAAUUCUUCUACAACUGCGCAAAAAGAAAAAGAUUCUAACGAUAAUAAGACGACUGAAAGUGCGGACGCGUUUUCUGAAAAAUACACUAAGGCAAAGGUUUGUUUAUUUUUUUUAUUUUAAAAAGGGGAUGCAGAAACAAGAAAUUACGAUAAGCUUAAGCAGAAAAUGAUAACAAAAUACUAAUCAACAUGAUUUAUUUUUCAUAUGGUGGUGUUACAUAGACCCGUUCUAACGCUAACGCAGUUUAAAGACCUUGUUUUCUAAGACGAUAUAGCACGUUCCUUACUUUUUAACACGUUGAACUACGAAAUAUUGAAGGUUGCGUUGCUAUAUCAUUCUUAAUACAAUUUUUUAAACUUUUUGUUUGCAGACUCUUCGAAAGAUCAAAAAGCCCAAAAAGGAUACAGUGAAAGCAACCAACAAUAUAGUUACUGUUUAUCCGGUAGCUCCGAAGCUAAGCGGCAUGAUCAUAACACAAAAUGGAAAUGAAGCAUACGCAUGCAAGAGUAAGAUCUACAAUGAACAUGUCUACAAAUUCCACAAAAAAAGUGGAACGGCGUCUUCAUACAUCUGUUCAAACUGCAAAACGCUCUACAAUAGACAUAAAAAAGAUGCUGUAUUAAUGAGAGCAGCUCCGCAAGCGCUAAAAGCGUACAAGCUUACAGAUGCAAAUGCGGACGAAAAGCAACUUAUUGAUGAUCCAGAUGAGUACAGCCACUUGUGCACGUUAACUGUUGAUAAUAAAAAGACAAGUGAACAGUGUUUGUAUGACCAAAUUAGGCGGUAGGUUCCAAUAAUGAUGUAUAAUAUUCUUUUUUGAAAAUAGGUUGGUAAGCCAAAGUGCCCGUAUUGAUCAUGGUCCAACCUACGAACUGCUAAAAAAAACAGCACGAUUUGCUUCUAAAGUUAAUGCCUGCUGCAUCGCAAUCAGAUUUUUUGUUGAAGUUGGUUAAACUUAGCGCGGGCAAUACUAUAAGGUACAACACAGCUGGCAAUACUGGAGCGGACUGCAUACAAUUGGCUCAGCAAAUGAAGGUAUCAAUAGAAAUUUUUUUAAGUUAUGUAACACAAUUAAGAACGUCUUGCUUUUAAUUUAAUUUUGAUAUGAAACAACGUAAACUUAUAAUUUUAUAUUCAGGUUUCACGUCGUGUUGGAGAUGGUUUGGGAAGGUCUAAAGAAAAUGUGAUGUUCACAGUAUUAAAAGAAGACCUAGAAGACCCAAUGGUAUUUAUUGGAGAUGUGAACAACAUGCGUUGUAUACAUGACGCUGAUUAUUUGGUUUGCGACGGUACUUUUGCAUACUGCCCGCAACCUUUUGAUCAGCUUUAUGUUAUUAUGGCCGUGUUUCAAGACGGAAUUGAACGAGCUUCUGCCAUACCUUCAGGUAAAUAAAAUCUAAAAAUUUUAAAACUAUUUAAUUUUUAACAUUUUUAUAAAUUCUAAUAUAAUUUAUUUACCUACUUGUCUUUCUAGGGUUUUUCCUAUGUAAAUCAAAACGGAAAAACAAGUCUCCGCCAAACUCAACAUACUCGAUAAUGUGGAAAGAAGUGAAAAGACGGCUACUAGAGGAAUUUGGAUCAAUUUCUAAAAGUGACAGCAAAACUGUAAUUACUGAUCGUGAGAUGGCUUCUAUGGCAGCGCUACUAGAAGAGAUUCCCGAUUGGAAAAUCAGUAAUUGUCAAUUCCAUAAGGCGAAGAAUAUGUUACUGAACUUCAAACAAAAGGUUACUAGUGAAAAGAACUUGCUGCUUGAUGAUGAGGUUAAGAGUUGGUUCAAUCGCCUCAUCGGGUUGUCGUUUUUGCCAGAAUCUGUAGCAGUAGAAGCUGGAAAUCACCUGUUGUCACAGUAUUCUACAACUGCAGGAAUUACAAAUCACAAGACGUACAAGGACCUUGCUGCGUUCCGUGCUUAUUACUUCAGCACAUGGCAUAGUAAGCACGGUAGACAUUUCAACUUUUACGACGACCCUCUUAAACCAAAAACAACAAAUUAUUGUGAAGGUUUUAACAGCGGUUUGAAGAAGAUUGGAAUGCCUAAACAUCCACCGACACGCAUGGGGUACGAGCAAUACAGACAAAUAUUAGAAAGAGCUGGCGUUUUGUACACACAUCCCAAGCAAGGAAUUAUGGUCAACAAGGAACGUAUCGGAAAAAGAUUGCCUGCUGAAGUAAAAAAAGAUCUUUUGUUGAAAAAAUGGAGAGAAGGACAAGAAGCGUUUGUAAAGGAAUGUGAAAAGAAUGAUGUAGAUGUCAGAUUAGACGCUUGGCUACGGUAGGUUUAAAAAAAUAAAGCUAAUAAUAGGGAGAAGAUUGGUGCAAAAUAAUUUUAAAUCUUAAAAAACUAAAAAAAUUUUAUUUAGUUAUGCCGCAGCAUGCGCUUGCAGAACAAAUCCAUUUAAAAAGAUUGAGGAUCCAGACAUUCGCGAUCAAAGGGAAGAAUAUAUUAAAGAAGUUGUAAACCAAGUCGGAGCUGACAACGAAAUUGAUGUUGGUAGCCAAGCUACUACCACUAAAGUAGUUAGCACGUCUAAAGAAAGGCCGCCUUUACCGAAGUUUGAUGAAAACGACGAAGACGACAACUAA